UUUACAUUAAAGUUCCCAUGACAAGGGUAAAAGUGUUGCAGAGUGGAAAGGGUUAAAGACUGCAGCUAGUCAAAAUUCUGAAUGGGGGCUCCGACCCUGGAGUGUUAAGUCCCUGUUGAAUCCCUCCUUGCGUUACAGAGGUGAGGUUGAGUCAGGUCUGGGAGUGGGGGCUCCAUCCCCUGAGCUGUGAGGUCUGUGAUCCCCCCCCACCUGUGUCACAGAGCUGGGUCUGAGCAGGGGGUCUGUGUGGGGGUUGCACCCCAUUGCGGUGAAGUUCUCGAUCCCCUCCCUGCACCAUAGACCCGGGUUUGAACUGGAUACAUGAAUGGGGGCUGUGAGGUUCAUGAUCCCCUCCCUGCAUCGCAAAGCCAGGGCCAGGGCGCAUUUCACUCCUCCGUUUCACGCUACAGAGCUUGUCACGGGCCGUCCUUUGAUCCCGCAGCAGCUCCAGGACAAGGCAGAGCCUUUCACUCCAAAGCCGUCCUCUCCUCCGUCCCUCUGCCAACAGGGCAAGUGGAGACGGCAUAUGCGACUGUCAGGGCCGCCAAUUUCACUUGGAUGUAUUCCUGGAAGUUUCAUCACAUGACAUAAUUGUUCAUUAAAGAUUAAUCUUUAAUUCCUGGAGACGCCAGGACAAUCCUGGAGGGCUGGACCCUAGCCACAGUGUUGCGGUGCCAUGGGGAAAUUACUCACACACCGCCCCGCCCCACCCCCAGGCUGCGAUUGGCUCUGAUGUGAUGUAGCAGAGAGAGAGAUGCUGCAAGAAGAGCAUCAUUUCUGCAUCCCUCCACUUCCCCAGCCCCCCUCAGCUUCAUCCUGGCACUUGCUGGGUGUCUUUUGUCCUGGCAUGUGAUUGCAUCCUCCCUCCGCCCCCCUCGGUUUUGCCUGGUUUCCUUCCCCCUGCACUGCAGCGUGGAAAUGGUACAGUCCUUUCUCCAGCAGACUGGUACCUCCUGGAUGUUGCUGGAACAUAAGAGCAUCAGCACAGGCUGCAGAGGCUGGCUUGACUGCAGCGAGCAAACCUCUCACCAGGCGGGCACAGGAGAGGCCAGAGGCGUUCUCUCUGCUGCUGCUGCUGCUGCUCCUAGUGCUCUGCACAAGUGUUGGUGCACAACUGUCAGUGUCCCAAGCAGGAGAGCAUCCCCCGUGAGGCACGAUGACCCAAGGGAAGCUCUCUGUGAAUAACAAGCCUCCUAACUCCGAGGGACAGCAGGGACAAGGAGAGAAAAAGGACAAUGCGACCGCCCCAUCGGCACCCCCGACAUAUGAGGAAGCAACUUCAGGGGAAGGGAUGAAAACGAAGGUGUUCUCCCCUCCACCAUCUGUGCCUCUCCACCCCAGCUGGGCUUAUGUGGACCCCAGUGCCAGCCCAAACUACGGCAGUGGAGGGUACCCCGGGGACACAGAGCUACUCACGACCUUCAACUGGGAUGACAAAAACGUGCGCAGAGUGUUCGUCAGAAAGGUCUAUGCCAUUCUUAUGCUCCAGCUCUCUGUCACAGUCAGCAUUGUGGCUCUCUUCACCUUCUGUGAGCCAGUCAAAGGUUACAUCCAGUCAAACCCAGCCUGGUACUGGGCUUCCUAUGCUGUGUUCUUUGUGACAUACUUGAUCCUGGCUUGCUGCUCCGGACCCAGGAGGUAUUUUCCAUGGAACCUGAUCCUCUUGAGUAUCUUUACUCUCUCCAUGUCCUAUCUCACUGGAAUGCUCUCCAGCUAUUACAACACCACAUCGGUUCUCUUGUGCCUGGGGAUCACAGCCUUGGUGUGUCUUUCCGUCACCAUCUUCAGCUUCCAGACCAAGUUUGACUUCACCUCCUGCCAGGGCGUUCUCUUCAUCAUGCUCAUGGUGCUGCUCUUCAGUGGGAUCAUCCUGGCCAUUCUCCUCCCCUUCCAAUAUGUGCCGUGGCUCCAAGCCAUAUAUGCCGUGCUGGGUGCGAUUGUCUUUACUAUGUUCCUGGCAUUCGACACGCAGCUGCUGAUGGGGAACCGCCGGUACUCACUGAGCCCGGAGGAAUACAUCUUUGGAGCCCUCAAUAUCUACCUGGACAUUGUCUACAUCUUCUCCUUCUUCCUCCAGCUCUUCGGCUCCAGUCGGGAGUAAGCGCAGUGAGAAAGCGUCUGUCCUCACUCGGCAAAACAGAAAAAUGUUAAAAAAACAAAACAAAACAAAAAGAGGGGGAAAUAUAGCCAGCCUUUCUGGUCCCUUUGCCAGCUCCAUUCCAUCUACUGAGCAACCCCCCUGGUUCCUUCUGCAGCUUGUACAUAUGCUGUUAACCCAUUGUGACCCAGAAAGCAAACUGGGGUGGAAAUGCUAGACGUCCUCCCACCCCCUGAAAUCAAACCAAAGCAGAGUUGGUAGUGCCGGCGGGGCAGUGGGCUGGGCUCUCCCAUUUGCAAAGGUCACUAGGGUUCCCCAUCUGGCUUUGGCACAUUAUUGCAUGUAGGUAUGUUGCUGUGUGUGCUACUGGGAUGCAAAACCCGGCUGUGAAAGGGAAAAAGAUGGGGGUUGGGAAUUUGCUUGGGUCCUGGCAGGAGAACCAGCAGCUGGACAAAAGAAGGGAGUAGGUUAGGGUUCCAGGACUGCCUAGGUAUCCACCUUCCCUCCUCUCUCCUGCCUCCAUGCACAAUCUGAGUCAUGUGAUUCCAGUAGAGACGCAGCCCAGAAGUGAAUGGCACCUCUUGGCAAUCUCGCUAGCAGACAUCUACCUGGUGCAAGAACAGCAAUGCUCCAUCAGGGCAGCCCCCUAAGAGACAUCCCCAGCACCCUCCAGGCCUUCCUAUGUCUCCUUUCUACCAGACCACAAAACUGAGAACACACUUUCCUCCGAUAAUGCCUCCCACGCCAGGCUGAUCACUGAUGUGGGACUCACCUACCCAGCCAGCUGCCUCAGGGGAUGAGUAGACUGGAGCUGUCUAAGGUAUGGGCCCCAGGCAGGAUUGGAAACAGGUGUCAAGGGGUCAUGGUACCCUUUCCAUAUUACUAAAUGUGGAGGGAGGCUAGGUCCUAGCUAGAUGGGUCCCAGGAUGGAGAAGGUUGAGAAGCAUCAGCCUAUGCAAAGCCAGGAUCCCUGUGUCCAUGGGGAAGAUAGUGAGAUUGGACAAAGACCCGAGGAGCUCAUAUGGGCUCAUUAGUGUCCUACAGCAAUGGCUUCGAACUCUAGAUGCUCCAUCAUGCAGUGUGUUCGGGGUCACCACCACCACAAAUGCAGUUGUAUUGCUUGGUGAGCAUGCCCAGCUUGGAAGGGCAGAGAGGUGUCUGCACCACACCCCAGCGGUACUGCCCGGAUGCCCUAGAUGCGUGCUCCCAGCUGCAGAUUGGACAGCGGGCCCUGGAGAGGUCUUCUUUCUAACCACUGGAGAGCAUCACAUCUGCCAGCAGGCUUGGGUGGCAUUAAUGCUGUUGAACAAGCUUCCCUGACC